AUGGACUACAAGGAUGCGCCCGGCUCCUCUGGAGGUGUCGUGCGCAACUCCGGGAGCGAAAACACCGCCGACGAGCUGUUGACGUCGCUCGGCUACAAGCCUGAGCUCAGCCGCAACCGUUCGACAUGGCAGGUCGCCUUCAUGUCGUUCGUCCUCGCGUCGAUCCCUUACGGUCUUGCCACCACCUUGUUCUACCCGCUCAACGGCGGUGGCCCAGUCAAUGUCGUCUGGGGCUGGGUCAUGGUCUCACUCAUCACCAUUUGCGUCGCCGCCUCUCUGGGCGAGAUCACCAGUGUCUACCCGACUGCUGGCGGUGUCUACUACCAGUCCUUCAUGCUGGCCCCGGCGAGCUACCGCCGCCUGGCUGCCUGGGUCUGCGGCUGGCUUUACGUGUCUGGCAACAUCACCAUCACUCUCGCCGUCAACUUUGGCACUGCGCUCUUUUUUGUUGGUUGUGUCAAUGUGUUUGAGACUGCCGACGGUGGGCCCGUCCUCGCCGGCGAAGCGUACCAGGUCUUCCUCAUCUUCGUUGGCCUCACAAUCAUUUGCAACCUGGUUUCGUCGCUUGGCAACAAGUGGCUGCCUCUGCUCGACACUUUUGCCAUCUUCUGGACCUUCGCAGGUGUCAUUGCCAUCACGGCUGUCAUCCUCGCCAUUGCCAAGAACGGACGCCGGGACGCUGCGUGGGUCUUCACUCAUUUUGAGGCCAGCUCAGGUUGGGCCCCUGGCUGGUCUUUCAUGGUCGGCCUGCUGCAAGCCGCCUAUGCCACCUCGUCAACUGGCAUGAUUAUCUCCAUGUGUGAAGAGGUUCGCGCCCCAGCCACCCAGGUGCCCAAGGCCAUGGUUUUGGCCGUCGUUCUCAACACGUUCGCUGGCUUGUUGUUCCUGAUCCCGCUCCUGUUUGUCCUUCCCGAGAUUUCGGACCUGAUUCUGCUGGCCCAGCCUGUGCCUGCCAUUAUCAAGAGUGCAGUGGGCAAUGACGGAGGUGCUUUCGCGCUGCUCAUCCCUCUGAUGGUCUUGGCCAUUCUCUGUGGCAUCGGCUGCACCACUGCUUGUGCUCGUGCUGUUUGGGCCUUCGCGCGUGAUGGUGCCAUUCCAGGCUCCAAGUGGUGGGCAAAGGUGCACACAGGCCUCGACGUGCCUCUCAAUGCUAUGAUGCUGAGCAUGGUGGUUGAAAUCAUCCUUGGUGUCAUCUACUUUGGAUCAUCUGCCGCCUUCAAUGCCUUCUCUGGUGUCGGAGUCAUCUGCUUGACGGCUGCCUAUGCCACGCCUAUCGUCAUCAGCAUGGCAGAGCGUCGCAAGACCAUCCAGACUGCGUCUUUCAACAUGGGCAAUGCGCUUGGAUACUUCUGCAACACAGUUGCUGUCGGCUGGACUCUGCUCGCCAUUCCUCUGUUCUGCAUGCCCAGCACCAUCCCUGUGGAUCCGGCGUUCAUGAACUACGCAUCGGUCGUCUUCUUCGUGUUCAGUGCUGUGUCCAUCUUCUGGUACCUUGCUUGGGGCCGUAAGCACUACGCUGGUCCUCCCACGUAG